UCAAAACCCAAAUGUUUUACAAUUUACUGCAAUUCACAAACAAUCAACUGGCAAAGUAACAGUUACUGUACUUGAAAACAUAAGAAAAACAUGUACUUGGAUUUUUUUUUCUCACUUCAAUCACUUUCAAAAUUCGCCUGCCUUUACACUGCAACAGCCCUCACAUAUAUGUUAGAAAACAAGAGAAUAUAAUGCAGUAUGUGAGGGUACACAGUUUUAAUAUUAUUCAUUUACAACAUACUGUCAAAAGGUCUAAGUGACAGUGACAUUUAUACACAUUGUUUCGUAGAAACUUAAGUUCUAAAGCGCGCGCAAUAAAAUGCUUUCAGUCUUGCAUGAUUUUCAAAACAUUCCAUUCCGUGCAUAUUUGUUUAAAACCAUUUUGCGCAUAAUGACACUACAAACACACGCUGUGCGCAGCAUUCUCCCAUUGUUCGCCUGGAUCAGUGUGGGAAAGCCCAGCGCUGGUUGAGGGGCACAACGUGACCUAACAAACAAGGAACCUCCGGGAACACCGUCAAUCCUGAACUAUGCGCACACGGGGCCCCAUCUGAGGGGUUCAACGAUGAGCGGCGCUUUUGAAAUGACGCACAAACGCGGUUUUUCGUAUUCCGCUCGCGUAAACCGCACCAAUCACAUAUGCAUAUAAUUCCAGAACGCAUUUCAUGUAAAAUGAUAGUAAUUCAAAUUAUGCUUAACACAUUUUAUUUAAGCGUAUCAUCGGCCGUCGCGACACUCCCUGAGCGCGUUGGCUCUGGAUUGGGAGGCGGAGACGGGACCCCCGUUGACGUCAGUGGGCCUGUCUGUUUCCUGCAAUAGAAAGUGAGAGAAGAGAGCGAGAGGAAAAAACAGACCUCAGACCGUUACAAGUUGAAACCCUUGACAACAGUUCACACAGCACCUGUAAGUAGCCUACUAAAAGCUGCGCGUUGAAGACGCGUUUCUCCAUCAAUAAGUGUUUUGGACGCAUGUAGUAAAGCGUUAUAAUGCGUAAACGCAUCUCCAAGUGCUGUUGUUUUGGAACCCAAUGUUGCAAGCGAGAUGUUAAUGUGUUGAUGAAACUUGCGAGCACGUCUGUGUGAGUUUUACGCUGAUUUUAACGGGUGUCGGUCGGGUUUGUACCGAGCCGGCCCAUGUUUUGUAAGUUGCCGAGAGCGCACGUCUCCAGAAUCCUAAUAAGCGGGGUGUAAAUGUUUACCAAGCCCGCAACACUGCUGGAGAGAGUCGCUGAAGCCGCGAUCGCUACGGCAGAUGUGCCGAAGGUGUCCUUCCUGUGUGGAAUAGUAGAUCGCCUUUCCUCUAUGUGAUCGCCUGCAUUCCAUCCAUCAUCUUUCCAGACGGUGUUUCAAUGAGCACGCAAAUUAACCUCUGAAAAUGCCACGUACGAAGCAGAACAACCCCAAAAACCUGAAAGACAAAAUAGAGGAGGCACAGAAGGAACUCAAAGACCCCAAAACUGCACAUAAAGAGCUCAAUGAAAGUACAGGCAGACAUUCCGAAGGCAUCAAAGGACUGAAAAGGAAAAAAAUUGUGGCACAAAACCAACUAAAGAAAAUACCCAAAUCUCCCAUCAAGAAGCAAUCACAAACCAAGAAACCUAUUUCACCGAACAUCUCUUCAACCAAGAAAGCCACACCCUCUUCUUCUUUCUCCAGCAGUCCAUCACAUGGUCUGCCUGAACCUCAAGAUGCUGAAGAUGUCCCACAGGAGGCAUCAGUAUCUAGAGAAGUAAAAGUGGAGCACAAGGAUUCACCCAUCUCAGUGCUGCAGGCUCUUAGCCACAAAACUGCUGCAGAGCAACCUUGUGUUGAAGGACCUGCUCUGAAAGAAAGCUGGUGUGACAAAAGCAGCAAAGACUCAUCUCCCUCUCACACAAGUGCUCCUCUUGAGGUACUGCUCAAGGCUAUGGAGCCAGAUUUCAACACACUGACAGAAAGGAAGAACAGUAGUCCAAUAGGACAUCUUGGAAAAUCAGUUUCCAUUCCUGUCACUUAUUCCGACUACGCUGUGGCUAUGCCUGCUGUUAAUUAUAAUGUCUGUUCAAAACCUGCAUUUGUGCCACCAUUCAGCACAGCCAAACAACAGUUCUACUGCAGCGUUGCAUCAACAGGGCAAUGCACAACACAGCAGUAUGUUAACAUGUCAGGAAAUCAUCAGCAGGAAAAACUAGGAUUCCAGAAAAGCUACAGUGUGGGUCCUUCAUUUACCUUGAACCAUGCACCUGUUCCUUCAGUUUCUACUGUUUUACCUCAGAGCCAACCCCCUGUUGUACAGACAUGCCAGUCUCUGUCAGCCACAGUCCCCAAUUCGAUCCAAGUCCCUGUCACACCAGGUUUCAGCCCUGUUCAGAUGACAACUUUAAACUUUGGCACGAGUCAGGUACCUGAUAUCUCAGCUAAAGAGCAGAAACUGAAAAAGCAAGGCAAAUAUGUCUGUGAAUACUGCAAAAGAGCUUGUGCCAAGCCAAGUGUGCUUCUAAAACACAUACGGUCCCACACAGGAGAGAGACCAUACCCAUGUGUGACAUGUGGCUUUUCAUUUAAGACAAAGAGUAAUCUAUACAAACAUAAGAAAUCUCACGCACAUGCCAUCAAAUUAGGUCUUGUAAAAGACUCUGGAAGUGGAUCCUUCUCUCAAGAGUCUGACAAAGGCCUUGCCACACAUUCUGACGCAGAGGACAGUGUGGACAGUUAUGAGGAAAGUGCAGCUGACCCAGAUUCUUCACAGAGCAGCCUAACAGCUUUAUCUGAGAGCAGUUUGCAGAGUGCAGGCAUAGUACCAGGCAGCCAAGGAGAGCCUGAGCAUUCGGUGGUGUUUGAAACUCUGAAACCAUUUGCCACUCAGAGGGGAUAUGAGCCAAAAGUCACUGCUGCUCUCCCUAAAGUGGUUGUCCACCCUGUGAAUGUUUCGCCGUUGAGGGCAGACAGCCCGAGAGUGAUAGAUUCUGCACCUGAACAUGCCACAGCCCAGAGGCAAAGGGAUUUCCAGCCAGCAAACUUAAGGUCCAAUGUAAUGGUUCUAUCCUCACUGAAAGAAAUAGAUUGCACAAGUCCCCUUCAGGACUCAGUAAGUGAGGAUGAAGAUCAGCAUUGUAAAUUACCUCUUGGAGGCAGCCAUGCCCAGCUGCAGAGACAACAAGCAACUGAUUACUCUCAACAACCACAAGGCAAGUGUCUUCUAAGUCCCCGGAGUCUUGGAAGCACUGACUCUGGCUACUUUUCACGUUCUGAGAGUGCUGAUCAAGCUAUGAGUCCCCCAAGUCCUUUUGUUAAGAUAACCCCACCAUCAGAAACAGACAUUACAAAAACUCCACAAGUUCCUCCUUCCCCAGUCAUGGCAACUGUCAUGCAUGUAGCACCUAUUGAGAAGCCUCGAGUUUCCCCAGGACAAAUGUGUCCUCCAUUGGAAGCCAAAGCUUUGUCUCUUGAGGAGCGUAUCUCAAAGCUGAUCUCAGAUAACGAGGCUGUUGUAGAUGACAAGCAACUCGACAGUGUCAAACCCAGACGGACUUCCCUUUCUCGUAGGGGUAGCAUUGAUUCCCCUAAAUCUUACAUAUUCAAAGACUCUUUUCAGUUUGAUCUAAAACCACCAGUUAGAAGAUCUAGUUCCAACUCAGACAUACCAAAAUCUCCUUUCACACCUACAGACAAAUCCAAGGCAGUAUUUCUCCUUUCUGUUCCACCUCAGUAUCCAGCCAUGGACUGUUUACCCAUUACGAGAAGUAAUUCCAUGCCUACAACAGCUGGCCAGUCAGCUCUCUUCCCCAAUAUAACACCUCAGCCCCACCCACUAAGAAUUUGUCAUUCAUUUGAUGACAAGAUUAGCUCACUGAAUGAUGAUGUGUUUUCUUCAGCUCCUUCUACUCCCAGUCCUGCUGUACAUCCUCGUACAUUAGUCAGGCAGAUAGCAGUUGAGGAUUUAUCGACAAAUGAUGGUCACAUUCUUAUUUCUGUUAAUUCCAUGGAUGAGAGCCAUCAUGGACCAAGUAUUACACAUGAGCUACGAAGUAAGUCCUUUGAGCACGCAACUGAAAGAAACCGAAAACCCCAACAAAGCAAGGGGACAAUGUACGAAUGUGAGACCUGCCGCAACCGCUACAGAAAACUGGAAAACUUUGAAAAUCACAAGAAGUUUUAUUGUUCUGAACUGCAUGGUCCAAAGAACAAGCCUAUGCAUGCCAGAGAGAUUGAGCCAGAAGUGUUUGGGCGUGGCAUUCAGCAGCCACUUUUGAACAGAAAUGCUGUAAUUACAGGCAUUGUAGAGCAACCAGUGAUGGUGAGAAAAAGAAGGAAAAUUAAAAGUGUUGGAGACGAUGAUGACCAAUCUCCAACUGAGACCACUCCUCCAUGUUCAAGAAGUUUUGACUCCUGCCAAAUAUCCACAAGUUCGUUAGGACGACCUUAUACACAUCAUGCCCAGUCAAUAAGUAACUCUGCUAUUAUAGGUCAAAUACAAAUAAUUGGAAGAGUUGCUGAACCACAAGAGUCAAGACUAUCUCCAAUACGAGAGACUCAGAUCAACACACCAAAUAAAGAACGAGAAGACCUCCAGAGACAAGGAAGUGGAACUUCAGUCAUUCGACAUACCAACUCCCUCAGCCGACCAAAUUCUUUUGAAACUUCUGAGUCUAUAGACAGAUCUUCUCCAGUAGAUCCUGGGGAAAAGGAAGUAAAAUGCUCUGCAAAAGGUCACACAGAGGCUGAAGUGAGUUCAUCUUCACAAAGUUACCAUAAUAGAAUGUCAACACCCAAGUGUGCUAGCCAAGAAGUGGAGCAUCAUGGUAAGCAAACAUUUGCCAUUGCUAGUGAUAGUUGCACACCUGCGCAGCAAUCCCGACUUGUGCGUCAGAACAACAUUCAAGUCCCUGAAAUCUUGGUAACAGAGGAACCCGACAGAGAUCAUGAAAGUCAAGUUGUAGAAUCAACAGAGAAACCUGUGGAAACCUUCAACUGGCCACAGAGGAGUGAGAGCUUGUCAAAACUACCAACUGAGAAACUGCCCCCUAAGAAGAAGCGCAUAAGACUUGCUCAAAUGGAACACUCCUCUGGUGAAUCUAGCUUUGAAUCAAGUCUCUCUCGUAGCCUCAGUAGAGAAAGUAGCUUGUCAAGGUGCUCUAGUAUUUCAGCUUCUUUUGACAGAGAUGAUCCACCAAGAUCUGAUAGUCCAUCCAGGGCAGAUAGUGUUGGGAAGCCACCAGAGGCUCAAGGACUUCCUGUAGCAAACAACACUCUUGGAGUGCCAGGCAUGAUGAGACGAGCUACCUCCGAGCAGAUCAGCUGCACUCAGCCAUCAGUGGAAAUUUCUUGUGACUACCGUAGCAAAUCCUUUGACUGCAGCACCAUGUCACCCAGUAGGCCUCUAUCACCAAUGCAGACCGCCAUGCCAAAAACUACACACUGUCCUCCAACUACCCAGGUGCCUCUUAUUGAAAGAAGAAGAGGGCCUUUGGUACGCCAAAUGUCCUUGAAGAUUGCACCAGACCCUCAACUUGCAGCGAAACAGACUGUCUCUAUCCAAAGAGGCCCCUUCAUCAAUAAAUUUUUUGGGUCCCAACCUAGAACAACAAAUGUGAAUACAUCUUCACUUGUUCAGUCCUUUGUCCUGCAUUCUGGAGAGGCCUCACUACAUAAAAAUGAGCAAAUGGUUCAAAGCAUCAACCUUGGAAGCCAAUCCCAACAACCCCAAGUUCAUGGCCUUCCACAUCCAUGGCAUCAGAAUUCAAGGGUUGUGGCAUGCCAGGUGCAACCUCUGGUCCAAAUGGUGGCUGGUCAGACAGACAUUAAGAGGACCUCUGAUGAGAAAAAUAAGAAAAUCUUUGUACCUAAAUACCAGCUGCAUUGCCCAGUACUCAAAACAGGCCAACCAUAUUCUUUAGCAGAUGUGCAAGUCACACAGAUUACUUUGCCUGUGAUUACAAUACCAAUCACUAAUGAAAUUAAGGCCUCACAGUCAAAUGAUUGCAUGCAAAACGUAUAUGUAGCACAACCUGGUUAUCAGGCUGUAACCAAUAAGCCCCCAGUUGUACUGCCUGUUGGUGCACAAGGUAAUACAGCCUCUCAAAUUACACCAGUUUCUACACCUGUACCACAGAUACUUAUCACCCAUGAGCACACAUUAGCACCUGCUUCUGUGGCUUCUAAGGUCAGCUUCCCCAUAGUGCAUGUUGUGAACAAUGAUUCAAAGAUUGAACCAGACAUCCAAACUCACAGACAACCUGGAUCAUUUGCCAUCCAGAGGAACAACAUCAAAACCACUGACCAAAACCAAACCACUGAGCAGAGCAUACUAUCCCUUGUUUCACUUCAUUGCCCUCAAAAACUAGCUUCCAUAAAUCUAUGCCCACAAGAGGCCACUGCCUCAAGCAAGCGGAUGCUCUCCCCUGCCAACAGCCUGGACAUUGCAAUGGAAAAGACACAGAAACGGGCUAAAGAUGAGCAUGGUGCUGCAUGUCUCACUGAUGGUAGAUCUCUAAAUUACUUGAACUCAAAGAUGUCAGAAAUUACCAGGCAAAGGAAAUUAAUGCUGGUCAGACAGGUCUGCACGACAGAGCUGGUGGACAGCCCAAUUGAGACAGAUGCCCCAGAACAAUUACCAGAGACCUCACAAGCAGAAAAAGACACCCAAACACAAGUCCCUCAAACAGCAACACCUGAGAUCAACGAACAGGAGAUGGAGAGCCGAACGCCUAUUACAACAGUACAGUCUGUUCAAGGUUUUACCACACGUUCUUCACCUGGACAUCAAAGCUACACCAUACCAGAGAAUUCAUCUCUGAAGCCACAAGAGAAACCAGAGGGACAUCGUUGGUCUCCAUCCAAAUCUCCUCUUAGGCCUCCAAUGUUUCAGGGACAAGUAAAGUUAGCUUCUUCUGUGUCCGUUGUCAACACAAGAGACAGUCAUCGGCUGUCUUUCCCCAGUCUUAAAACAGCUACUUCCUUUACCUGGUGUUUUCUCAUGAAGAGGAAAUCCCUCCACAUUCAGCAGACAGACCAGAGGAUCUCUGCUUACUCUGCCUGGGUGGUAAACCCCAACAAUCCCAAUCCACUGGGCCUUCCCACCAAAGUGGUGAUGUCCUUGUUUGACUCCAAACAGACAUCCAAGAAAAUACACUACACCCAAGCCAAAACAACAACUUUGAAAUCUGACAUCUUGACCUACUCUGGAAAGUUGAAGGACAUCUUGCCAAAAGUUUUGAUCCAGCAAAGAUCUGUGCCAACUGAGAAUAGUGGCAAACUGAAACCAGAGACUCCAGUUAAUGAGUCAGACAGAGAGUCUUCGAAAUCGGAACCCCACCGUGUGAAGAUCUUUGAUGGAGGUUAUAAAUCAAAUGAGGAGUAUGUGUACGUUCGUGGGCGUGGAAGAGGAAAAUACAUCUGUGAGGAGUGUGGAAUUCGCUGCAAGAAACCUAGCAUGCUGCGAAAACACAUUCGUACCCACUCUGACAUCCGUCCGUUUCACUGUACACACUGCAAUUUCUCCUUCAAGACUAAAGGGAACCUUACCAAGCACAUGAAGUCCAAAGCCCACAGCAAAAAGUGUAUGGAGAUGGGAGUUGCUGUUGGCAUCAUUGAAGACCAUGAUACAGAAGAAUCAGGUGAUCGAGGAAGAGCAGGAAGUGCUGACAGACAAGACUCAGAUGGUGAUGAUUCCGAUGGCCCUGAUGACGAAGACAACGACGGGGAGGAGGAAGAUGAGGAGGACAGCCAGGCAGAGUCUGGCCUCUCUGCAACACCCUCCGUUUCUGCAAGCCCACAGCAUCUUCCUGCUAACCAGGCAGACAUGGCUCCCAGCUCUCUGCUGGCCCAGAUGUCUAUCAGCCCGAACCCUACCCCUGGUCCCCAACAUCAGCUGCCUACUGCUUCCGACUCCCAGAACUCAGACAGUGAGUUUGUAGCUAUGACGAGCCCCAUCUCUUUGGUCAGACAGAUGUCAAUCUCUGCUUCCUGUUCCAGCCCCAGCCCAAGUCCCGCUCCUUUCACUUCCCACCCCGUCCCUGCCUCAGAAUCCCAUGCCUCUGACACUGACUCUGUGCACAUGAUGAGCCCGGUGUCACCUUGCAGGCAGAUGUCCAUUGACUACCCCGACUUUGAUGUUCCCCCUAGUCCCCCAGUGCCAAGCAAGGGCGCCAAGCUCAGCCAGCAGGAUGGAGUAUCCAGCACCUUUUCCCAGCAUACAAGCGAGUGCAAUGCCAACGUUGACCGUGGUACCCAGACCUCUUUUGACCCUCUUCAGGAACCCUUGCACUUUCCAAACACAGGUCUGAUCCACGACCCAAGAACAGGGGCCGCUACUCACCUCUUCAGUCACUUGCCAUUGCACUCCCAACCACCUCACCGCUCCCCAUACAGCAUGGUACCUGUGGGUGGCAUCCAGCUUGUACCUGCCAGUUUGGCUGCCUACUCUACAUUUGUUCCUAUUCAGGCCGGGCCAGUCCAGCUAACCAUCCCAGCACUCAGCGUAAUCCACAGGCAGUCCAACAGCCCUCUCUCAGCCCUGAGCACCUCGCCCCGUUUGGAGGGCUCCCCAACACAGCCACUGGUAGUUCAGGAGCCAGUCAGUAAUGUCCUGCCUUGUUUCCCUCUAGGCCAAGUGGCAGGACUCCAGACACUUGGUGUUCCACAGACCGCCCUGCAGCCGGUGGGCUUGGAGACCUUGAGCGUGGUGGGUCUGGCCAACUCCACCCAACUGGUGCCUCAGCAGAGUCUGCCACUAAAUGCCACCCUUGGCGUACAGGUGUUGGCGGCCAGCCCUGAACCUCGGAGCAGCACAGAUUCCCCAACACAAAUCCCUGGCCUGCAGAUUCUUAACAUUGCCCUGCCAGCCCUCAUACCAUCCCUCAGCCCCCUCUCAGCUCUCAGCCCACUUCCAGCAACCCAGGACAAGCCACGUAGCCCUGAGGGUGUAGCAUCUGCAUCAGCACAGGUCACUGAAUCACUGCCAGCACCUACACCCUCAGCCAGUCCUCCAACCGCCAAUUCAGGAGGUGCUCCUACAAACAUGAAGCCAUCUUCAGAGGUGAAGCAAGUCUCUCAGAGCAGCCCUAGCACUGGAUCUGUGGACACAGUGGUCAUGGAGAAGACUACAGCCAUGGUGGAGACACCGCAAACACCCCAACAACUUCCUUCUUUUUUCCACUCAUCCACUACUGAGAAAGGCUCAGGUGUUCCACACAAGGCAACAGCAGGUGGGGAUAGUGAAGCAAAAACUCGGCAACCUGUCACCAGACAACCAGUGACUGAUGAUUACAAUGAAGCCUCCAGUGAUGAUGAGGACAGACUGGUCAUAGCUACAUGAGAGUCCCAAUAAAAGCUUUUUCCUUUCUGCCUAUGAAUCUCUAUCUCUGUCUUGGUCUGUCUCUUUCUGACUCUUUUGUAAAACUUUGUCACUUUAUAAACUGAAACACUUCAGGAGGAUUUGCAACUCUGCCUGCCUCCUCUAAAAGCACAUUUUUUUCUGACAUAUUGUAUGUGCAAUCAUAAAUGACCAAUUAUUUUAUUUUGUACUUUUCUGUCAGCACCAGAUUUUUUUUUUUCUUUUCUUUUUGUACAUGUUGUAUAGAUUAUUGUGCCUUUUUGGAGUUUCUCAUUUAGAAACCUGUACAUAACAUCUUAUAAAUCUAGUAGUUGCCAAUUAAGUUUGAUGCAAUGGACGUUAAAGAAGAAUGAGAUUUGAUUUAUUUUCAAAUGUUUUUAUUUUAAAAGAAAAUUCUAUCAUAAAUUUAUGGGGAAAUUAAUGUUUGACUGAUAUAUAUAUAUAUAUAUAUAUAUAUAUAUAUAUAUAUAUAUAUAUAUAUAUAUAUAUAUAUAUAUAUAUAUACACACACACACUACCGGUCAAAACUUUUGAAACACUUGUCUGAAAUGUUUCUCAUGAUCUUAAAAAUCUUUUGAUCUGAAGGUGUAUGCGUAAAUGUUUGAAAUGAGUUUUGUAGACAAAAAUAUAAUUGUGCCACCAUAUUAUUUCAUUAUAAAACUAAAAUGUGAUAAAAAAAUAAAAAUAAAAAAACGUUUUUGAAAUUGAUGACUUGGACUUUGGAAGAAAAGCAGCCAAUAAGUGCCCAACAUGAACUCCUUCAAUACUGUUUAAAAAGCAUCCCAGGGUGAUACCUCAAGAAGUUGGUUGAGAAAAUGUCAAGAGUACAUGUCUGCAAAUUCUAGGCAAAGGGUGACUACUUUGAAGAUGCUAAAAUAUAACACAGUUAUGAUUUAUUUUGGAUUUUGUUUAGUCACAACAUAAUUCCCAUAGUUCCAUUUAUGUUAUUCCAUGGUUUUGAUGACUUUACUAUUAUUCUAAAAUGUGAAGAAAAAAAUUAUAAUUAAGAACGAGUGUGUUUCAAAAAUUUUGACCGGUAGUGUAUAUAUAUAUUUUGUUUCUGUGCACAAAUGUUGUGGUCAAGUAUUUAUUAUAUUCCACCUGGUGCCCAUUUUGAACUCCUUAAGUCCAUAGGUAUGAGUAAAAUGGUGGCUUUACAUUUGCUGUAUCUAUACUAUCGGCAGUAUCAGUAAAACCUUGUUUACAAGUGCACAAACGUC